AUGUCAUCAUAUUUAUUUCAAGCUUUGAAAGCUGCGGAAAUGUUUCCUGAUAUACCUUUUGAAGCUGUUCAGAAGAUAGCAGAUGCCAAUAAGGGAAAUCUGGAAAGCAUAUCGGAAGAGCUUCUCAGCUACGAUAUAUUGCGAGAAUCAGAGUCAAAGUCGCAGCAAGACGCUGAGUCUGUCAUUUCAUCUGUCAAAACAAAGAAAUCUGUAACUGCAAAGCCGAGCUCUGAAAUCACCAUAAUGAGCACGCUUCUAGGAUGUUCGGUCGAUACAAUAAGCCAGAUUCAUCAAAGGACGAAAAAUUCACAUCGUACAGUGCGCGAAGUAAUAGAAUCAGGAUGGAAUCCGACAGAAGUCGAGAUUGCAACCAUUUACAAUAGACAGAUGAUGGAAAUCGCUGACGCCAAAAAGUCAAACUUCCUUCUUCAAAACAUAGAAAACAAAUUCUAUGUGAACUCGCUUCAUUACUUCAAGGGAGACGUUAAUAAAACCUUGAAACUCGCAACAUGGAUGGUUGAUCCAAAUUUGGUGAAUAGAUCAAAAACAUCAACCAUUCCAAAACCCGCCGCAAAAAUAGUAUCAUCUGAUCCCAUGGCCGAUCUGAUUCAGCAUUCGCUCAAAACAAACAAGUUGGAUUUGCAUGGACUCACCGUCCCUGAAGCCAGAACAUGUGUGCAACAAACACUUGUGAAAUGGUGGAACUCUGAGACAGAGCAGCGCAUUAUGGAAGGUCUAAAUCUGCGUGGAUCUCGAGCCAUGUACGUUUGCCCAUUGGAAAUCAUAACAGGGAGAGGACUACAUAGCUCUGGUGGAAAACCGAAGCUAAAAAUCUUAGUUCAUGGAAUCCUCAAGUCAAACAAUUAUCUUUUCGAAGACAUUACUCUGGGAUAUCUAGUUACAGGUAAAAAAAAUUGA